AUGCCGUGCGCGCAUGAUGCCGCUCUUUGUUCUGCAAUGCCGACCCACGUGAGCGAGAAACGACGCUUUGACUACUGGCAACUGACGCACUCACCGCCCCUCUUCCGCGCCGCCACCUCCACCACCACGUUCACGGACGCGCUCGAUGGCUGGCGGUUGCAACAAUGCCACGUGUAUCUGCCUCGGCUUUUGUGUGUUUUCCACGGCAUCGGGGUCGUCAUGUGUUGGAGGCAUUUGGUGAAAAGGGCGGUGCCAAUGGUCAUUUGCCUCUUUGCCGGGGUCCCGCCACUCUGCACGGCGGUUGUGUGGGGCUGCGCGGGCGGUGGGAGGCCGAUGGCAUCACUGGGCUGA